GUCGGCAGUCUCAGCGCGCCUGCGCGGAGCGGCCCUGCGCCGAGUGAGGCAGUGGCGGGGGAAGGCACCGGUGGGGCCGACCGGCGGGUUGAAGGAGGGAAGCGGGCGAGCGAAGUCCCAGUGCGCGCCGCGCGCGGCUGCCCGGUACCCUCCCCUUCCGGGCGUGAGUCGCUGUGAGAAGAGCUGAACCGAGCGGACUCGCACCGGCAGCGAGGCGCCGCUACCGCCGCCCCAGCCCGGCCUCCCUCGGCUUCGGCGCUCCGGUUGCGGGGCCCGCGUUCCUCAGCACACCCAGUUCCAGCCGCCCCCAGAGCCUGUCCCAGCCCUUCGGAAGCCCCGGCGCCAGCCUGGGCCCUUGGCGGGGAGGAUGACGGAGCUGCAGUCGGCGCUGCUACUGCGAAGACAGCUGGCAGAACUCAACAAAAAUCCAGUGGAAGGCUUUUCAGCAGGUUUAAUAGAUGACAACGAUCUCUACCGAUGGGAAGUCCUUAUUAUUGGUCCUCCAGAUACACUUUAUGAAGGUGGUGUUUUUAAGGCUCAUCUCACUUUCCCAAAAGAUUAUCCCCUUCGGCCUCCUAAAAUGAAGUUCAUUACAGAAAUCUGGCACCCAAAUGUUGAUAAAAAUGGUGAUGUGUGCAUUUCUAUUCUUCAUGAGCCUGGGGAAGAUAAAUAUGGUUAUGAAAAGCCAGAGGAACGCUGGCUCCCUAUCCACACUGUGGAAACCAUCAUGAUUAGUGUCAUUUCUAUGCUGGCAGACCCUAAUGGAGACUCACCUGCUAAUGUUGAUGCUGCGAAAGAAUGGAGGGAAGACAGAAAUGGAGAAUUUAAAAGAAAAGUUGCCCGCUGUGUAAGAAAAAGCCAAGAGACUGCUUUUGAGUGACAUUUAUUUUGUAGGUAGUAACUUCACUUAUUUCAGGGUCUCCAAUUGAGAAACAUGGCACUGUUUUUCCUGCACUCUACCCACCUAUUGCUGGACUUCUGUUGUAACAAGUUGGCAAACACUGGCUGGAACUGGGCUGCAAUAAAACAUGCCAGUUAUCAAUGCUGACAAGAGCCUAACAAGUGCCAACUUACAGAUGAUUGCGCAUUUUGAAUUCUAAUGAACUGUUUUAACCUUCAGGAAGAAUUGUAAAGACCUGUACAUAGCACAACAUGAUCCGGAUAAUAUAUAUACUGUUCAUGUACAUCCACAAAUACACCUUGUACCAAAUAAUGCUUUCUUGUAGUAGAAUAAGAAUCGUGUAAAUUCUAAAAGAUAUUAGCAGGUUUUCUUUCAUAUUCAUUGUUUCUUAUCAGUUUAAAAAAACUCCUUAAAGCAUGACAGAUGAAAAGCAAUUAGGAUUAAAAGUUUCCAUUUAAUUUUCUUUAAACCAUUGAGGCUUCAUUAAACUCUCUUCAUUUACUAAACCUUUGUAUCUUCUUUGUUUUGACACACUCCCCUUUACUUUCAUCUCUUCUCUCUGCCAGAAAGUUAUCAAAUCAUUUAGUUGAAAUACUGAAAUACUUAAUAAGCAAUUACUUGAUUUUGAUGAUGACUUCAGAGGAGUAGUCAUCAUAGGUGCUUUGUCCUUUUUGUAUUCUAGUUGCACCCAUAUCCUGGAUUGGUUGUAGCAAUAACAUUUAUUGGCUGUUGAGAGCUCUUGAACCCAGUCAUUACCCCCAAGAACUAAAAAGAGUUUAUUUUUAACUCAGCUUACUGAAAUUUUCCCGCAAAAUAUUAAAUUCUGAUUUGGUGUUAUUUUUUUCACUUCAUUCACCUAAUAUUAAGGUUGAAUAAGUAAAGCAUGCAUAGCUACAGGCUUUCUACUUAACCUCUGGGUUUGCUAUUAAAAAUGCUGUUUACCCUCGUACCCUUCUCCUUAGUCCUUUAUAUUUCUUUGCCUCUUCUCUACUGCAGAUUUUUCUCACCUAUUGUACAAAAAAAUUGCGGUGUAUAUUUUCAUGUAAUUUGAUUUUGGAAUUCUGUCACCAUAUGUAGUGAGUUCUUCCAAAAUAUAAUUUUUUUCCAAUAAUUGUCAAGUUGUUGGCUUUUAUUGUAUUGAAUGAAGGUUGUAAUACUGAAUGCCAGAGAAGUGCAGUUUAGAAAAAUCUCAGGUUGAUUCCUUAUGCAAACAAACGUAAUACUUGAAAAUCACAUGGCCAUGGCAGUAUGUGUAUUGGGUUCUAUCUUGAUUCUUAUGUGUGACUCUAAAAGCAUUACCAGGGUAAAUGCUUUGCUAUUUGACAUAUAGAUUCUGUCACUGACAUAGUGCAUUUGAAUUUGAUUAAUGUUUGAGCAUAAAUAUAUUUCAUAUGGUUUUCUAAAACAACUUCAGCAAAUGGUAAAAUGAGCAUGUGCCAGUGUUAAAGGUGGGCAUGGGCUCCUCUAUGUUCGUUGUGAGGCUGGGAGUGAGUAGUAGUCUUUGGCAUAUAAGGAUAGAACUUGAGAUAGUACCAGAUGGGGCAUGGUGUUUGAUUGAGAGAAUCAGCAAGAAUUGGUGCAUUUCUGCUCCCUGGGGUUCAGAGAAAUGAUUCGGCAGAAGCCAAAUAGCCAAUAGCCCAGACCUCUACACACUUUAUUUUUUUAAAACAGAACUAAAAUGGUUGAGGAUGUAGUCACAGUAAAGAGUGAUUUUUCUAAAUCCUAGUCUGUUCUCCACUCUGAAGCAUUGUAAAAACCCGUAAACAUUAUUAAACACACAUAAAUGUAUAGUGACUGUAAAUAUUAUUUGAUUUAAUUCAUUAGAGCCCAGUUUUUUUCAAGAUUAUUGUGACUUGGUUUUUUUCUUUCAAAGACUGUAAAAAUUGUUACCUAGAAUGCCAGCACUGCACACCUUCAAGGGACUUGGAAUACGGUCUCUUUUACUCUUUUGUUUUUCAGAGACAGGGUCUUGCUCUGUCACCCAGGCUGGAGUACAGUGGCGCAGUCAUCACUCACUACAGCCUUGACCUCCUGGGCUCAAGUGAUCCUCCCACCUCAGUCUCCCGAGCAGCUAGGACUACAGACACACGCCACCAUACCUGUGCAAAUUUUUUUUUUUUGGUAGUAGAAAUGGGGUCUUGCCCCUUUUACUCUUAAAUUAGAAAUUAUUCACAUGGUGGUUGUUUUUGGCAAAAUGGUGUUAGAAAUUUGCUCUCUUAUUGCUUUAAUUCUGUCAGCAAUCCGUUGAGUUAAAACCUGGGAUUUGACUCUUCAGCAAGUAGCAAGUGACCUAGUAACUCAGGGAAAACUAUUUUUGAACUUUUAAGUGCCACUUUAAUGCAGUUACUUUGGUAUAACCUUGUGGUGUUUUAGAGCUAGCUCUAGGGGAGUGGAAGGGAGAGCCAGGAAUGAGUGCAUCUUUCUUAACGCUCUGUUCCACCUGGUGCCCUGACUGUACUACAUACUGAAACACAGGCCUAGAUAGAUGUUAAUGAAUUCUUUUCCUCUGUCAGAGAUGUCAUCUGUGCCUUUCCCAGUGUUCAUCUGAUAAUGUAAAUUUAAAUGCCUCUACAUUUGAUAUUAAACCCCCAUGCUCAGGUGACACUGAACCAGGUGGCUUUUGUCCCACCAGUGCCUCAUCAUUAGUGUGAGGUGUUUUCUUCUCUGCUUUAGGAAAAGGACUCCCCCUUCCCCCCCAAUCUUGUGCCAGCCAUCAGCAACUUAUACAUAGUCUUAUGGGUUAUAGAACUGUUGGCCGUUUCCUAAAUUUAUUCCAGAUUCAUGUAGAGGCAUAUAGAUUUCAGUCUGUGCUCAAAAUGGGAUGGAUGAUCUCAGUGGCUUCCUGGACUCUUCUUUUGAGCUUAAAAUCCAUUUGAGGUUGAUUUCCUUGUCAUUAUAAGGUAAUAUGUUUGUGAGGUUAUUCCACUAGUUCUGUGAUCACUUGGGUGUCAGUAUUUUUAAUGGUCUUCAUUCUCGGUUGUAAAAUUAUAUUUUAUAUGCUCACUCACCCUCUAUAAAUCUGCCCACUUUGGGUUGUGGUGCCUGUGUUAUCUUUGCCCGUCUGGUCUCCAGUUGGUGGAAUUACCUUUUUGUACUGCCACUUCUCAGCAUCUUUGAAAUCUGACAUAAUGUUGCUUCAUUCCAGUUUUUUUAGUUCUGUAAUUUGUUGAUUGUAUUUAACUAUGUGAGUUCUGUUGUGAUGUUUACUGUAUUGUAAAGCACCUCAAUCAUGUGAUGGGUGCUGUAUAAAUCAAUAAAUGAUGACUUAGAGGCUGUA